AUGCCAGCAGACUUUGCUAGAUGUGUCAUUGAAAGCUGUAAAGACUACGCUUUGCUCGGACCACAACCGUGUAUAGUCUGUGGAGGAGUAUGCUGCUAUAAUCAUAUCGAAGAUACAACCAAACAUGUAUGUUAUACUGAUCCACCAUCGCACAGAAUCUAUCCGUAUAAGUGCGAUGUGGAAGUGGAAGUACGUGAAAUUCUCCAAAUACUGAACUUCGAUCUCAUCAUACUAGAAGUCGAAUUAUUACGACCUGGACAUAAAUGUAUACAUAUCGACAACCCUACAAAGGCUUCCGAUUUCGACAGAUUAUCAGGAUCAUACAACUUUCACCUGAUGAUCAAGUUUGAUGAUGGAAAGAAAUGGGUAAUGAGGAUUAGAAGGAAACAUACUAGGCUGCAACCUGAGUCUGCGAUAGCAUUGUGUCAUGAAAGUGAAAUUGCUACUAUCAAGGCGUUAGAACAGGGUGGAGUUAGAGUACCUAAAGCUUACGAUCGACCCUCAAACAGUGAAUAUUUCAUGGAGAGAGACUCUACCAGAUACGUCUUCAUCUCCCCUACCCAUAUCACUGGCUUCAAAGAUUCCGCUAUAGCCUACAUGCUUCAAUACGCUGAGUGGAUGAUUUCCCUUGAAAAGGUAUCUUUCGAUCAAGUUGGGAGUUUGUGGUCAGAUGGAAAGGGUUCGGUGCAGGUUGGCCCUCAUAUCGAAAGGGAUAGGGCACUCCUUGACAAACAUCCUUACCUUCUUGGUCCCUUUCAAACAGCCCAGGAACGUUGGAUCGCCUCUAUCAAUUGUCGACUCAAGUCAGUCCUGGAUAAGAGAGAGUUCAGUCCUUCAGAAGAAUUACUCCGUUAUUUGAUUCUCUUGGAAAUGCGAGACCUGGUCGUGAGCUGUGCAGAACUCGCUCGAGGUUCAUGGUAUGUUAGACAUUAUGAUUUGCAUGGUGGAAAUUUUCGGAUCAACAGAAUCACUGGAGAGUUAUACGGUUUGAUAGAUUGGGAAUGGUCAUCUCUUACUUGCAAAGAAGAAGCAUUCGCAGCUCCUGAAUUCUUCAGAUACGAACAUUCCAACAUUAACUCCAUCCAUCUCGGUACAAAAGAACAGCUCCUUGUUCAUUCUUACGAACAAUUGGGGAGACCUGAUCUUGCCGACCUAGUACGAGGUGGUCGUAAAUACCAUCGGCUUCAUCUCAUCGUAUUCAGAGGCUGUUCAGAAUUAGAGCACCUCAAUGCCGCUCGUAGAGCCUUUUUGGGGAUGCCAGAUGAUGCCAAAGACCAGCCGCAGUCGAUCGAAGAAUGGAAGAGAAGUAUGCUGUAUAGAUUCGAAGGGAAUGGUGCCCUUCAGCAACUGUUGUCAAGGGCUUGGUCAAAGUACCCUCCAGAAAUAAAAAUGCCACAACCGAUCAUCACCAAAGCGUCCAAACGGAGCAAGCAAAGAAACGGACCAGCAUCGAAUACUCCUAUCAUGUCCACGUCUAAAAAUUCGAAGGUGUGA